CUCGUCUCCACCCACCCUCGGUGUCUCUGCCCACCCCGUCAUGGACUGACCUAGACUCGCUGUGCUUCAUCAUCAGCGCCACCAUCAUCAUCAUCGUCAGCGCGAACAAUAGAGGAACGCCGCAGGCCUGCGCUGCUCUCGGGAUUAUCAGCACAAUCUAACGAUGAUCAGUCGUGUCGAGCGGACUCCAGACGUGUGAAGCGACGGAACAAACACAGCAUCGCCUUUAUUUGAUCAAUCUGGAGAAAGAUGGCGAACGACUCGCCCGCGAAGAGCCUGGUGGACAUAGACCUCGCCUCUCUGCGCGACCCUGCUGGCAUUUUUGAGCUGGUGGAAGUGGUCGGCAAUGGCACCUACGGACAAGUGUACAAGGGUCGACAUGUCAAAACCGGACAGCUGGCCGCCAUCAAAGUCAUGGACGUGACUGAAGAUGAAGAAGAGGAGAUUAAGCUGGAGAUUAACAUGCUGAAGAAAUACUCUCAUCACAGAAACAUUGCCACAUAUUACGGCGCGUUCAUUAAGAAGAGCCCUCCAGGACACGACGACCAGCUGUGGCUGGUGAUGGAGUUCUGUGGAGCCGGUUCGAUAACGGAUCUUGUGAAGAACACGAAGGGAAACACGCUGAAAGAAGACUGGAUUGCGUACAUCUCCAGAGAGAUCCUCCGGGGUCUGGCCCACCUGCACGCUCAUCACGUCAUCCACAGAGACAUCAAGGGCCAGAACGUGCUGCUGACGGAGAACGCAGAGGUCAAGCUAGUGGACUUCGGCGUCAGCGCUCAGCUGGAUCGGACCGUAGGCCGCAGAAACACCUUCAUUGGGACGCCGUACUGGAUGGCUCCAGAGGUCAUCGCCUGUGACGAAAACCCGGACGCUACUUACGACUACAGGAGCGAUCUGUGGUCCUGUGGGAUCACGGCGAUAGAGAUGGCGGAGGGCGCUCCUCCGUUGUGUGAUAUGCAUCCCAUGCGCGCGCUCUUUCUCAUACCCAGAAAUCCUCCACCCAGACUCAAGUCCAAGAAAUGGUCCAAGAAGUUCUUCAGCUUCAUCGAGGGCUGUCUGGUGAAGAACUACACGCAGCGGCCGCCCACCGACCAGCUCCUGAAGCACCCCUUCAUCAGAGACCAGCCCAACGAGAGGCAGGUGCGGAUCCAGCUCAAGGACCACCUGGACCGCUGCCGCAAGAAGCGCGGGGAGAAAGAUGAGACCGAGUAUGAAUACAGCGGCAGUGAGGAAGAGGAGGAGGAAGCUCAGGAGCAGGAAGGAGAGCCCAGCUCUAUCGUGAAUGUACCGGGCGAGUCGACUCUGCGCCGGGACUUCAUCCGUCUGCAGCAGGAGAAUAAGGAGCGCUCGGAGGCGCUGAGACGACAGCAGCUCCUCCAGGAACAGCAGCUGCGCGAGCAGGAGGAAUACAAGCGCCAACUACUGGCUGAACGACAGAAGCGCAUCGAGCAGCAGAAGGAGCAAAGGAGGCGGCUGGAGGAGCAACAGCGACGCGAGCGAGAGAUGAGGAGACAGCAAGAGCGAGAGCAGAGGAGGAGAGAGCAGGAGGAGAAGAGGCGCUUGGAGGAGAUUGAGAGGAGACGCAAAGAAGAGGAGGAGCGCAGGAGGGCAGAAGAGGAGAAGAGGAGGGCUGACCGUGAGCAGGAGUACAUCCGCCGGCAGCUGGAGGAGGAGCAGAGACACCUGGAGAUCCUGCAGCAGCAGCUGUUACAUGAACAGGCGAUGCUCCUGGCGGAUGAGCGGCACAGGAGGAACGUGCAGGGUUCUCCUCAGGCUGUGGUGAUGCCGAAGCAGCCGCCCGCUGUACCGCCACGCUCAGAAGCGUUUUCCAACGGCAGUGUCUCAGAACAGAGCCAUCGACCCGCUGACCCACAGGAUCUGACGGCUCUGGCGAAGGAACUGCGUGCGGUGGAGGACGUGCGGCCGCAGCACAAAGCCACGGACUACUCGUCCUCCAGCGACGACUCCGGGACCACCGAUGAUGAAGAUGAUGAGGAGGUGGAUCAGGACAUCGGAGACGAGUCGACGUCCGGCCCAGAGGACUCACGAGGAGGAGGCUCGUCUAGACUCAGUAACGGUGAGGCAGAAGCAGCGAAGACGAUGGUGGUCCAGGACGAUGACGCCUCCUCUACGCCAUGCAAAGACAGCACGCUGGUCAUGAGACAGUUCCAGAGAUCAGGGCCCGUGACACUGUUGGGUUCAGGUUGGAAAGAGGCUUCUAGUCCCAGUCCAGUAGAGAUUGGGCAGAGGAACUGCAUUAGGGGUGGAAACCCGCUCCUGCCCGACCUGCUCCAGCAGAGUCAGCGCUCGCCCCCUCACUCCGUCUCCUCUCCCAGCAGCCCUGCCCUGUCCCCCCUCAGUCCCUCGGACAGACACCUGUACCUGGCAGAGACUCCCACUGUGCCGAAGCACAAGUCUUCCUCCUCUUUCACGCCCUUCAUUGACCCGCGCCUCCUCCAGGUCUCUCCGUCCACCGGCAGCGCUCUCAAUAACGCUGGUUACAGUAAUGACGCUCGGCUGCAGGAGGCUCUGCGUCAGGACGCGUCCCGUAAGGGUUCGGUGGUCAACGUCAAUCCUGUCAACACACGGCCACAGAACGACACGCCGGAGAUCCGCAAAUACAAGAAGAGGUUUAAUUCGGAGAUCUUGUGCGCUGCUCUGUGGGGUGUGAAUCUGUUGGUCGGGACCGAGAGCGGCCUCAUGCUGCUGGAUCGCAGCGGUCAAGGGAAAGUCUACCCACUCAUAAGUCGUAGACGCUUUCAACAAAUGGAUGUUCUGGAGGGACUUAAUGUGCUAGUGACAAUAUCAGGGAAGAAGAAUAAAUUGCGUGUGUACUAUCUCUCGUGGCUGAGGAACAAGAUCCUCCAUAAUGACCCUGAGGUGGAGAAGAAGCAGGGCUGGACCACCGUAGGAGACUUGGAGGGCUGUGUGCACUACAAAGUCGUGAAGUACGAGAGGAUCAAGUUCCUGGUUCUGGCCCUGAAGAAUUCAGUCGAGGUGUAUGCGUGGGCUCCCAAACCAUACCACAAGUUCAUGGCUUUCAAGUCGUUUGGUGAUCUGGUGCACAAGCCACUGCUCGUUGACCUCACAGUUGAAGAAGGCCAAAGGUUAAAGGUCAUCUAUGGGUCCUGCUCUGGGUUUCAUGCCGUGGAUGUAGACUCAGGAGCCGUCUAUGACAUUUAUCUGCCGACUCACAUUCAGACGAGUAUUCAGUCGCACGCCAUCAUCAUCCUGCCGAACACGGAUGGCAUCGAGCUGCUGGUGUGUUAUGAGGACGAGGGCGUGUAUGUCAACACCUACGGCCGCAUCACCAAAGACGUGGUGCUCCAGUGGGGCGAGAUGCCCACAUCUGUCGCUUACAUUCGCUCUAACCAGAUCAUGGGCUGGGGAGAGAAGGCCAUAGAGAUCCGCUCGGUGGAGACGGGCCACCUGGAUGGAGUCUUCAUGCACAAAAGAGCACAGAGACUAAAGUUUUUGUGUGAGAGAAAUGACAAGGUGUUCUUCGCAUCCGUGCGGUCCGGAGGCUCCAGCCAGGUCUACUUCAUGACUCUGGGUCGGACCUCCCUGCUCAGCUGGUAACGGACGGCAGCGGACAGCGACGAAUCUGAUCUACCCAUGAAGUUUCUUGACGUGAUCGGCUGAGGCCGGGCCACACGAACGGCCGGAGCCCGCUGAAGGACUGACCAACACCACCUGCGAUUAGACAACAACUGAAUUUGCGUCCUGUUGCAGCGAGCUGCAUGGGAACCGGCUUGAGUAUCUACAGUAUUAUUGCUAGUCUGUGUAAAUGUCUUUCUCUAGAGUUUAAUAAAAUCUGACUCCGCUGAGAGGAACGGUGACGUUCUGCUGUUGUGUCUCAGUCACACAUAGUGUCAUAACAAUGGUGAAACACAAAAUGGCUUUUUGUCCUGUAUUUUUAUUUAUGGGUUAUUUAUUUCUAGGUUUUUUUUUUAUUAUUCAUUUGUUUUUACUAAGCAGAGUAGUUCCAGUAAUGUGGAAGAUGCCUGAGAGGGUUAAACAUUUCCUGUUCCCAACCUGAGCUCAUGGAGCAUCUUCUGAAGUCGGCUAAUGGUCAUGUGAUGUCAACAGGAAGCGGACAGCCGUGUUGGCUUCGGGUUUGCUUUUGGCACAUUAAAAACAUGGAUUGGGAUUAAUGUGGACUGUCCUGUGGCACUCGGUUGCCUCUUCUCUUUUCCUCAUCUAUUCUUGUCUUCUCUCGUUUCCCUCUUUUGUUCUUCUGCCACAUGUCUGAUGACUCUGGCCUCAUUCCUGCUUUGAAAUGACCAAUGAAAGAGGUUUGAUCAGUAUGUGUUUAACCAGUAGAGAAGCGUGUGUCAAAACCUCGUGUUGAAGAGCAUAUGUGAGUGAAAGCUGGUUCUGGCAUCUUAUGCGUUGGACCUGAAACUGACCUGAACGCUCCACUCAACCUGACCGUCGCUAUACAACUGACAUGUGAUUCAUCCUGUAUGAUUGUUUAUGAAAGAGUUUUCUGUUCCAAGAUGCUGUUUUUCAUCAGACAGAGAUCAUGUUAAUCCCAGAAUGCAAACCUGAAUCUGUUCAGACAUUCUUGUAAUAACUUGAUCUCCGUUAUGGAAACAUUACCUUGCGUUUUCUGAGGAAGAAUGUGUUGGUCGUGGACGUUUAUUAUUAUCGUUUGUAACUGAACUGUACAUAUUUAAUAAAGGCAGGACUGUGCUAAUUAAAGCGUAUGAAAAGGAAGGGAUGAGCUUGCAUGAGUGGAGAAACGCUCGCCACAGACAGCUGCUGGUGUUUAUGGGUUUAUUAUUAUUAUUAUGGUUUUGGUUUUCUCUCUCUUCUUUUUCUUUUUAACGUUUUCACACACAAACUUUGUGAAUCUGUUGGAUUAUGGCUAUUAUGUUUAUGGAGUUAUUUUCUCUCUUUAGUUCACGCCUCACUUCUGCUCUCCCCACAUCAAGUGAUUAUAGAUUUAUAUGUUCUAUAAGUUCUUCACUUCAGUUGCUUGUGAUAAUUAGUGUUAGAUUUCAUUUUAGUAUUUUAACAAAGCUAUUAAACAUUUAGUGAGUUAAAAGAAGAACACGAAUUGUGCCAGUGGCGAAAACUAAAGUGAAGCAUACGUUUAGAAACGGACACAAAACUCUUUUCCUCUAACCCUGUCUUUGAGAGUCCCUCAGACGGACACGGUGAAGCACAGCUCUGGUGUUUCAGUUAUUGCCCUCAUACAGUGACCUGACAUACAUUCACCCGGAACAAAAAAAGAAGAAAAUUUUGUAAAUCUAAUGUUCAUUGUUGUUUUAUUUUAAGAUAUUGUUUUUAUAUAUUUCAACCAUAAUUCUUGUUAAUUAAUAAUAACAAUAAUAAUUCAGAUGGUGUUUCCUCAGCGCUGCUUUGACUUUCUGAAUAUGUUCUUGGCUGACUGGUUGUCUGUUUUUCAGUCGUGGCACUGUAUCGUACGUCCUCUCUGUAUAUGACAGGAAGUCCUGUAUUUUCCUGAUGGUCCUUUUGUUUUUCUUUGAAAAUAAAUUCGGUUUACUUUAA